AUGAGGGAAGUCAAUUUCAGUAUCCCAAACGUCAACAAGGCAUCCGUGGGCAUCACGACCGCCUUGUAUGACCGUCGAGCUCUCGAUUGCACUUCGACCCUGCCGCUCAUCAAUUCGCUCAACCACCUCGCCUAUCUCACGACCUCUUCGGCUCGUAUACGUGAUAUCUUGACGGUCGAUGGCGGCAUCGAAAGGUUGGUCUGCAUUCUCAAGGCAGGCCGGCAUAAGGAUAUGAUGGACAUCUUCAAGUGGAACCUGGCUUUCCAGUGUGUCGUCAAUAUCGGCGUCCGCGGCUCAGAGAAUGUCCGGACUCGAGUGGUAGAGGCCGACAUGGUUCCCGUCAUCGCGACCAUACUCGACAAUUACAUCAAGGUGGUGGACAGAUGCCGUGAGAAGGCCGAGGCCAAGGCCAAGGCUCUCGAAGAGCAGCGUCUGAACCACGGCACACAUACAACCGACGCCAGAGGCUCCCCCAAGGGAGCUGCUUCAUUUGGCAAUCGUACGUCCCGAUUCGAAUCGGAAUUCCGGGUAUCGAGACGACAGCCUCCUCCCCCUUUGAUUGACAUCUCUGCCACCUUGGGUAAUUCCCCAUUGGCUGGCCCUUCAGACGCCAUGGACGCCACUCCUACAGGGCCGCAAUUUGCGGUCACAUCUCCACCCGAGCGAACCACCUUCUCAGGACACAGGCACCACCACCACCAUCACCAUCAUCAUCAUCACCGGGGCCAAGAUGCUCGACAACACUUCUUGCCUCCGUCGCGCCACAGUAUCCAGCCUCUCGCCACCGCAAUCCCCUCUAUGGAUGCUGCAGAUGGGUUCAACCUCAGGCCCGUGCGCGACGUGGACCGCCUACCAUCCAUGGUGCCCGGAUUCCAUGGCGGCGUUACGUCUCAGCCCGAGUCUCCCAGCACCCCUCUCCCUGCACAAUUGCGAUCACCUGCCGUUCGACCUGCAUCCCAAUCGACUCCGAAUGUCCGAUCGCGCAGAAGACCAUCGAUUCGACACCAGACAUCCUUGGUGGGGGAACAGGAAGAUCCCAGUACUGACAGCAUGGCAUCCGAUGAAUCUGGAGAGCCUGAUAUUUCCGGGAUGAGCACGGCAGACAUCCAAUCGAGCGUCAACAUCCAAGAUAUCAGUAUGGAUGAAGGGGAUGAUAGCAUGCUCACGGCUGUCGAGACUCCGCUUGGCCUAACGACUCCCACGGGUUCCGAAGCUCAGGAUGCAGGGACGUUUAACAUCAGCCAUCGCUCUGUGAUGGAUGGAAGCAUGAUGAACGACGCUACAACUCCUACAGCCCCCCCUAUCGGGCUAUCUCCUACUCCUGCUACAAACACUCCACCCACACUGCCGAAUGCUACCAUCCCCCGGUACCUCCUUGAUAGACCAACCCCUACCAACGGUCAAGUCCUUGCGGCCAUGCCACGGGACGAGGACGUCCUCCAGUCACUCCAACUUCUCGCAUAUGUUUCCAAAUACUGCAAUUUACGCUCAUACUUUCAACGCUCCCACCUCGUCCCGAAGCUCAAGAUUGGUCCGGAACUUCAUCUCCUCGAUCUAGAUGACCCAUCAUCCGCUCCCGCCUCCUCCACUUCUCAUGCAUCGGCAUGUGACUCGGAAGAGGAGGAGUAUCUCCUGCCUGACGACUUUAACAUCUUCCCCUUGGUCGAGAAGUUCACUGUCCGCCAUCACAGCCAGGAUAUGCAAUACUGGGCUGGUGUCGUUAUGCGAAACCUAUGCCGCAAGGAUGACUCCAGAGGCGGGAUUAGGCAGUGUGCAUACUACCAGUGUGGGAAGUGGGAGGAAUUCACAAGGCAAUUUGCCAAGUGCCGACGGUGUCGGAGGACCAAGUACUGCAGCAAGGAAUGCCAGAAGAGUGCCUGGGUAUUCCACCGACAUUGGUGUGUAGCUGCCUCACAAUAG